AUGCCGAACGAUGUUUCCGCCCCAUCUCUGCCGUCCGGCCACAACUUGAACCUCGGGGAUCCCGAGAGAGACCAGAGCCCCGCUGAGUACUCCUCUGGCCUCGACUCCGAUAACGAUGCUAUCACCCUCAAUGGCUCCAGUGGCUCGCGGGCGCUGAAACGGAAACGUCCCCUCACCGUCUCGUGUGAACUCUGCAAGCAAAGAAAAGUCAAAUGUGACCGAGUACAGCCUAGUUGUGGCUGGUGCACUCGCAAUGGCCAUCUAUGCCAGUACAAAGAGCGCAAGAAGCCAGGCCUGAGAGCUGGAUAUGGCAAGGAACUAGAGCAACGUCUUGACCGAUUGGAAGAUAUCAUUCAAUCUCAAGCUCGCCUUAUCGAGAUGCAUAUCCUGAACAGCCAACCCAAUAUGCGUCAUGAUAUGCCGCAUGCUGGAUCCAUUGCAUACAGCUCGCCCUCAGAGCCCUCAGCCGUGCACGGCCCCAGUCCCCGAGGCGCCCUCUACUUUAACGAUCACAAUUCGUCGGUAGCGCUGCCAUCUCGUCACGCAGAGGUAUCAAUCACGACUCCUUCGGAUUCAUCGGUCAAGAACCUGGUGUCCAAUAAUAUACACAAUGGCGGGCCAGCGCCGGCGAUGAGUGCAUUGCCGCCGGCACCCAAUGCGCAUAGUAAUGACUAUACUGGGAAUGAAUCAUCUUUGGAGGUUCCGGUGAGCCUAUUCGCCAACCAAGAACAGUCGCUUGCAGAUCCUGAUUUGGAUCUCCCUCCAUACGACCUGCUAUAUGCAUUGGUGGAUCUCUACUUUGACCAUAUUAACUCUUGGUGCCCCAUUCUUCAUCGACGAUCGACGCUCGACACCUUCUUCGGUCCAUCCCCACUGGAGGAGGAUGAUCGCAUGGUCUUAUAUUCUAUUGUGGCAACAACCCUUCGGUUUUCAACAGACAGCAGAUUAAAUGACCAAAACCGAAAGCGCUACCACGAUUCCUCGAAGCAGAAAGUCCUGCUUUAUGGACUAGAAAAUUCAUCCGUCAAGGCUCUCCAAGCGCUGGUCAUUUUAGCCUUGGAUCUGGUCGGCUCAUCCAAUGGCCCUCCUGGUUGGAAGCUACUUGCUCUCAUAACGAGGUCUGUAGUUCAACUAGGACUCGCAGUGGAAUCAAAGUCCUCUCUCAUCGCGCCUGUAUAUCCAUCGAUUUAUACCCUACGCGCUGUCACCUUGUCCGAGCCAGACUCCUGGAUCGAAGAUGAGAGUAGACGCCGUUUGUUUUGGAUGGUAUAUCUUCUGGACCGGUACUCCACAAUUGCGACGGCAUUUAAUUUUGCCCUGGAUGACAAAGACAUCGAUCGCAAGCUCCCUUGCAAAGAUGAGUUCUUUAUGAAGAACCAGCCGGUGGAGACAAGACGCUUCCGCUGCUCUAGUGACCGAACCGACUAUCUCAGCCACGCAGAUAAUGUGGGAUCGUUUGGCCUAUAUAUCGAGAUCUUGGGCAUUCUUUCCCGUGUUCACGUUUUCCUAAAAAGACCUGUGGACAUUGGAUCUCUAGCCGACGUUGAAGAAUGGCAGGCAACCUAUCGAAAACUCGAUAGUGAGCUCACAUCCUGGGAAUUCAAUUUACCUGCCGAGUAUGCAUAUGAGAACUCAUCUCGGCUCUUCAGCGGGCCAAAGCAAGGUCGGACUUUGCACAGUGACUGGGUUCAACUACACGCAACCUACCAAACUGCCGUAAUCCGCCUACACUCAUCCGCCGCAUACCCAACAACAAGAUCCCCAAUUUUCACACCAUCAUACAGCGCCAGCCAGCGAUGUCUCCUCGCAGUCGACAACAUCCUCUCAGUAACCCGCUUCGUCGUCGAGAACAACCUCCUCGACAAACUAGGACCCCCCUUCGCCUUCACCCUCUGGGUCUCAGCCCGCCUCCUCCUCGUCCACGGCUCCACAAUUGCCCACACAGUCAGCCCAGACAUAAUAUUCUUCGUCGACACACUCGCCCAUAUGGGCCAACACUGGAAAGUAGCCGAACGCUACAGCAACAUCCUCCAACGCGUCCUGGACGAAUACGGCGAGUACCAACAAUCCGCCGCCCUAGACGCCGAAAGAUCAACACCCUCAACAGUAAAGAUCCUAGCAGACAUGCGCCGCUGCGCCUUUGACCUAGACUUCUUAAUCUCCCGCCAACCUCGCGAGUCGCCCUCCACAGCAAGUCUCAGCGGCAACGACCCCCGCGCCUCAACCUCAGGUCUAGCCCCGCGCAACCUCGCACCAAAUGAGCUGGAAUACCUCGACGUCUUCGGAUUCUUCAACGUCCCUCGCGUCCCACCGACACGAGCCCCUGACCCAUCAACCGCAGCCGUCCAGCAGCUGGAUAUGGACUCGGCCAUACAAAACCCGAUGUCUAUCCACGGUCUGACAAGUACGACCCCAGUCGUUGACGGCCAUCCCCCCGUCAACACGAACGAGUUCAAUAUAACGAACUAUCUCAUCCCGACACCGGAAACGGAUUGGCUGUUCCGACCAAAUGGUUGA